AUGCGUGCCAAGCUGCUGCUUUUUGGACACAUGACGAAUGAGCCUUGUUUCAAUGAACUUCGUACCAUCGAGCAGCUCGGCUACGUCGUAUUCUCUGGCCCUAGCCUUGACGAUGUUUGGUCAGGAUACUGCAUUCUCAUUCAGAGCGAGAAAGACUGUCGGUACCUUAAGGGUCGCAUCGAGAACUUCCUCAACAUAUUCGAGCAGAAAUUGAACGACAUGAGCGAGGAGGACUUUGAGAGACACAAGCGUGCGAUGAUCAACAACAGGAUGGCAAAACUGGAGAACCUGUCGUCUGGAGACAGCGUGUUCUGGAACCAUAUUUACAGUGAUUCGUAUGAUUUCCUGCAAACCGAUGUUGAUGCGGAAACUCUUGAGAAGCUCACAAAGAAGGAUAUGGCCAAGGCGAAGGAGCCCUCCCUCGGUGAGAACAAGACUGCCGCUGCCGCUGUGCUCAACAUCACAGCCGAUGACGAGGCUUCUCAGACCCGUGUUGAAGGGGUGUCGUCCAAAAAAGCUAUCUCAGAUGCCAUUGCCGGCCAUCUUACUGACGACCUCAAGGUGGAGGAAGAAGUCGCUGACAAGGUCCUCGAUGAAGCCAAGGCUGAGCUAGGUAUCGCGGACUCAGGUCUAUCAGCUCCUCCACAGGCUCUCAAUGCGUCAACAGACGUUAAGGAAGUAGUCGAUGCUUCGCACCCUGUUCUCAUCGAAAAU